AUGUCUCCCGUCGACGACGACGACGACGCGCCGAAGCGUCGGGCGCGCGCGGCGCUGAAGGUGGUCGAGAGCGCGUCGACGGCUGUGGAAAGAAUGCGAGACGGUUUGAAAUCCGCGUCGCGGGAUGAUUUCAACGACGCGCUCGACGCGUUGCGACGAUCGAGGGCGCGCGCGCGGUGGUUCGACGUCGUGGAGGAUGAUGUGGAGGCGUCGUCCACGGGUGCGGCGAUCGGGCGGGAGGUGACGGCGGCGAUCGAGCGGGGGGAGGAUUACGGGACUUUUUGGCUGUCGACGAGCGGACGAAGCGCGCGACGGCGCGCGGAGGAGGGGACGUGCGUCGAGCGGGCGUGCGGGGCGAUGUUUGAAUCGUGUGUUGGAUUGAGACAGCGCGAGUACGAGGUUUCGGCGACGUGCAUGGCGAGCGGGACGAGAGAUCGGUCGAAACCGCGGGAUUUGCUGGAGGAUGGCGGAGACGACGCGAGCGGGACGAGCGGGACGACGGUCGUGAGAUUAGAGAGUGUGAGCGAUGCGGUCGCGGCGUACGAGGACGCGAUGCAUCGGGCGCAGAGUGUUUUCGUAGAGGGCGGGGUCGAGGUCGAUCGGCACGUCGUAUUUACUCUUCGUUUGAAGCUCUGGAGUGACGCAGAGACAGCGACGGAGACAGAGUCAGAGGAUGAGCCUGUCGUCACACGCGUGCAUUUCGUCUUUGUGGCGCCGUACGUUCCAUCCGCCGGGAUCAUUGGAGGAGCUGGAAAGGUCGAUCGCGCCGCGCGAAUCGACUGUACACGAUCGUUGGCGGCGCUCAUGGCGGUGCUACGAUCGCUUGAUUCGCACACGUCGGACAGCGCGUCGCGACAAAUCAAAGCGUGGCGUGAGUCUCCUCUGACGCGUUUGAUGUGGACGUGCGGGAUGCUCAACCUUCAUUGUGCGACGUUAUACGCGGUUUGUGAGAACGUCCUGUGUCACGCGGUGGAAGACGACGAGACUUCGCCUCUCGUUUUGCCACCCGCGGUGGAGGGUGUACUGAAAUUUGCUCUGCAACUGAAGGAAACUGUGGAAGACAGCGAACCGACACCGCGGACGCGGAAUCCGCCGGUGCCGACACCACCGAGAGUGCAUACAUCCGUGAAGUCGAGAGAGCCGACGUCAUCGGUCGCGGAUCGCAGGACGAGAUUAACGCGCGCGGACACCGUGACGUGGAGGCGCGCACCUACCGGCGAAGCGCGCCGUUCGGUGACACCUGCGCCGGCGGAUGGCAUGCCGGAAUCUUCGCAGGGUGAAAAGAUCACGCUCGAACAAGUGGAUGCAAUAGCGCGAUUUAUUCGAACGCAUGCGAGCGGGUUGAGUGGAAGACGCAUGGAGGGAACAAUGCGAAGGUUGAUGACGGAGUGGACGCAGAUGUCCCAGUCGUACGAAACUAUACUUGAGGACUUUGGAACGCUCGAGGAACAGCUCGCGGCGGCACAGCUGCGCGAGGACGAGGCAGUCGAGUACGCUGAACAGAUUACCUCCGACCUUGCGGUGACUUCGCGGUGGUGCGAGAGCUUGGAGGAGGAAAAGGCUGGUGUUCCGGCGCGCAUCAAACAGGCGGCGAUGGAGGCCGAACGCGUGGCCAUCGCGCGCGCAGACGCGUUGGAGAAACGCGUGAAGGAACUCGAAGCACAGCUUGUUAGAAAUUCCGUACCUGAGAUGGAGCGUGUGAGGGACGAGGCUGAACGCGCGGCGAAGGAAGCGAUAGAGAAGUACGAGCAGGAGUUGGAGAAACGCGUGAGCAUUCAAGGCACACUCGAGGGAGUGAUCGGCACGCAGCGUACUCUUCAGGAGGAAAUUGAGUCCGUUCGACGCGAAUUAGAAACGAGCGAGCGCGCUCGUAAGGCGGAGCGCGAAGAGACCGAACGUGUUCGGAAUGACCUUCGUCAGCGUUACGAAGUCGAGGGAGAGUUGCGCAACCGAAUCGCCGAAUCAGAGCAAUCGCACGAAAAGAGCAUGAGGGCUGCGCGGCAAGCGACAGUCGAGCGCGAAGACGAGCUCAACGAUAUGCGUCGUCAGAGAGACGACGCACUUCACAAGGUACACCAGAAGGAGGAGGAAAUUGUCGAAGCAAGAGCGAAUGCUCGAGCAAGUUCAUUAAACGCGGAGGUAGCGCAAUCGGCUUUGAGUGACGCGAAGGAGGUGCAGCAAAAGAACGCGAAGGAAAUUGAGGCGCUAAAGCUGCGAAACUCUGAUUUGAUCGUUGAGAUCAAGCACGCGAAGCGAGAGCUCGAAGAGACCUGUAUCGCUCUUAAUAACGUCAAGGAGAAGUUGGAAGAACUAGAGGACGGCUCAGAGGAAAUGAUCCAGAAACGACGCGAGAUCGAUGACGAAGUGCACCGUCUGAAACUCACCGUCGCAGACCUCGAAGCGAAGAAUAAGUCCAUAGAAAUGGAUCGCGAGGUCGCGUAUGAAGCGGCGGACGUCGCUCGCAUGGAGCACGCGAAGAUCAUGGCAUCGGUACUGGAUUUGACGGAGGAAGUCUCGCGUCUACAGUCAUCGCUCUUUGCAGCGCAAGAAACCACGCGCGUACUGUUAGACGAGGAAGCGGCUCGUCUGAAACAACUCGUGCCGCCUGUUCCAGACAACGAGUACGUUAGCCCGGAAUGGUUGCGCGACACUAGCUGGCAUCAAAACCAAGCACGAUCCCUCGCGUCGGCAUCGUGA